CGAUUAACUUCCGGUUUCAGGCGGUGUCGAUUCCGGGGCAGGCUGACGUCACCGUUAGCGCGGGUAGUUCGAGUUUGUCGCUGUUGUGAGUCAACAGCAGUUUCAGUAAUGGACAUUUCUGAGCAUCACAUGAAUGAUGUUGGCAUCAUCCACCCUGAUGUGCACAUAGAAGUUCAUGUCAAAUCUUACAGCACAGCCAACAAGUCUGAAGUGAGGACGCAUGUGUUGUCACUGCUGGAUCGACACAGCACCAUUUUAGGCACCUACAGGUGGACGGAGUUUGAUGAUGAAUUUCUAACCAAAAAUGUGGAGUCAGUCACUGUAGCAGAUUUAACUGGCCCAAAACUUGUGGAUCUGAAGGUUCACAACCUUUGUAUUCAUAUUUUCUCUCUGAAUGAUGAUUGUCCGAGCAUGCUUGCUCUGGAAGAGGAGGAGGAGCUUUCUGCUGCCAAUCAUUGGCUCCUCCCAGCAGCUGAGUUUCAUGGCAUUUGGGAAAGCUUGAUUUAUGAGGAAGGCAUCAAAACACAACUCUUGGAUUACGUUUCGACAACAAUUUUCUUCUCUGACAGAAACGUAGACAGCAAUUUGAUUGCCUGGAAUCGUGUCGUGUUACUUCACGGGCCGCCUGGCACAGGGAAGACGUCUCUGUGUAAAGGACUUGCCCAGAAACUCUCCAUCAGACUGUCUGGCAGGUACGUGCACAGCCAGUUCGUGGAGAUCAACAGCCACAGUCUCUUCUCCAAGUGGUUUUCAGAGAGUGGAAAACUCGUCACAAAGAUGUUUCAGAAGAUUCAAGAGCUCAUUGAUGAUAAAGACGCCUUGGUGUUCGUCCUGAUAGAUGAGGUGGAGAGUCUCACAGCCGCACGGAGCGCCUCUCAAGCGGGAACUGAACCGUCCGACGCUAUUAGGGUGGUCAAUUCAGUGCUGACCCAGCUCGACCAGAUCAAACGGCACUCAAAUGUUGUCAUCCUCACUACAUCCAACGUCACAGAAAAGAUCGAUCUGGCCUUUGUGGACAGAGCUGAUAUAAAGCAGUACAUCGGUCCCCCGAGCGCCAGCGCCAUAUUCAACAUCUAUCUGUCCUGUUUGGAGGAACUCAUGAAGCGUCAGAUCAUUUACCCCAGACAGCAGCUGCUGAGUUUGGAGGAACUUGGCACCAUGAACUUCAUGGAGAGCGACGUGACCCAUCUGAGCUUAACCCUGAGGAACCUCGCCCAGAGGAGUGUGGGACUUAGCGGAAGAGCCUUGAGGAAAAUCCCAUUUCUGGCACAUGCGCUCUAUGGAAAGUCCUCCACAAUGACAGUCGAGGUUUUUCUAAAAGCGAUGGAGCGCGCCGUGGACAAACAGAGGCAGGAACAGGCGAGUUUGGUCAACUGUGUUUGAGCGACUGACGUUCUGCUGUUGUAUCGAAACGGUUUCUUCUUGUUUGUUAAUUCAGUAUUUCUAGUCCGUUCACCAGCUUCAUCCUCUGAACAUGUUGCUAAUGCUGUCCUAGAACAACACAGUGUUGUUUUAUCUACGUUGGUGUCAUGUACUAGGUAACAUUUUCUAGUAAUAUUCAUAAGCUGAAGUGUUUGGUGUCCUAAAUCAGAGUUUGAAAUGUGCAAUGUAGCAUUUGCAUAUGAAAAAUAAUGUUCUUUUUUAUGUUCAGUUUUUAUAUAUGUAUAUAUUUAAAUCAUUUAAUUAAAAUGAGACAAAAAUCA